UAAGUGCUAAAUCUAAUGAUCUUUGUCAAGCCUUCUCAAUGUGGAGGUUUUGGCUCAGGCAAUGAACUCAAUUCCAGCAUUAGAAUGUCGCCAAAGCUACCCUCACAUCUCAUCCCUUCCCUCAUCUUCCUAACACUCGUAUCCCUCUACUUCCUCUCUUCACUCCUCUCUCUUCACACACCUUCAUCUUCAUAUUCAUCUUCUUCAUCUUCAACCUCAAUCUCCAAAUGCAACCUCUACAGAGGCAACUGGGUCUUCGAUCCCGAUCGCACCCCACUCUACGACGACACCUGCCCCUUCCAUCGAAACGCAUGGAACUGCAUCAGAAACCAGCGUCAAAAUCUGAGCUUCAUCAACUCCUGGAAAUGGGUACCUCGGGGCUGCGAUUUGCCCCGGAUCGACCCGUUUCGGUUUCUGGGUUUGAUGAGGAAUAAGAAUGUUGGGUUCGUUGGGGAUUCGCUCAAUGAGAAUUUCUUGGCUUCGUUUCUCUGCAUUCUAAGGGUUGCUGAUAAGGGUGCACGGAAAUGGAAAAAGAAGGGUGCUUGGAGAGGUGCCUAUUUUCCCAAGUUCAAUGUCACUGUUGGUUAUCAUCGUGCUGUUUUGCUCUCCAAAUACCAGUGGCAGCCAAAAAAAUCUGAAGCUGGGGUGGAAGAUCCAUCAGAAGGUAUUUAUCGAGUUGAUGUUGAUGUUCCUGCUGAUGACUGGGCUAAAAUUGCUGGCUUCUAUGAUGUCCUGGUGUUUAAUACUGGUCACUGGUGGAAUUAUGACAAGUUCCCGAAAGAGAAACCUCUUAUCUUCUAUAAAGGAGGACAACCAAUAUUCCCUCGGCUUGGGAUGUCGGAUGGACUUAAAGUUGUAAUUAGUAACACAAUCGCAUACAUACAAAAAGAAUUUCCUGGAAACACGCUUAAGUUCUGGCGUUUACAAUCCCCAAGGCACUUUUAUGGUGGAGACUGGAAUCAAAACGGUAGCUGCUUAUUCAACAAGCUGCUUGAGGAGAAUGAGCUUGACUUAUGGUUUGAACCUGGGAACAACGGAGUUAACAAGGAAGCAAGGCAGAUGAAUUUUGUGAUUGAAGAGGCAUUACGAGGCACCGAUAUCCAAUUGCUCGACGUAACUCAUUUAAGUGAAUUUCGAGCCGAUGCUCAUCCGGCGAUAUGGUUAGGAAGGAAGGAUGCAGUUGCGAUUUGGGGUCAGGAUUGCAUGCACUGGUGUUUGCCUGGUGUCCCUGACACAUGGGUAGAUAUAUUGUCACAACUGAUACAUGAUCAUCGUUUUGGAAGAAAUGGUGGGAUAUAGAAACUGGAGAAGCUAACAAAUUCUAUCUUACACACCAUACACUGAAAUUUUCCACUGGAGAUGCUGAUGGUGCCAAGUUCUGAGGACCAAGAUAUGAGUUUUUUGUGCAUAAAAUGUUGAACAAAAGCUUUGGCUCCCAUGAUCUUUGAUGAAAGAAGCGAUUAACUUGGUCGAGCAUAAGCUGUAUUGAAAUCAGCUCCUUUAUACAGUUUAUCAUAGGAACCUUGUAAAGAACUAGCAUUGAAUUCUUUCUGUCAGAUUAUUAGUCAUAUUGGGAAAUCAUUUAUUCAAAAUGGUGAUAUAUAGGAAUUGCAUCACAUUUGGCUAAUAAGCUGAUGGGGUGCAAUUUAAAACACAGCGAGUGCAUCAA